AUGGCUAGAAAGAAAAGGACCCCAACAUCCGAACCUCAUGGUAAAACUACCUUUAGUUUCCCUCCAUCAAUCCAAUCGCUUCAGUCGGAAAAGAUGGAGUUUUAUAAGGCUCGCUUCGAGAGUGUUGUUCCAGCGCAGAUUUUUACAAUAUCCAAUUUCUGGAGCCCAGAACAAUGUCAAGAUCUAAUUUUCAGCAUACAGGAAAGUCUUGAUCUUGAAACUACACCCGUCAUUAAAUCCAAACUUUACGCGUCUCGGGUCAAUGACCGCGCUUGCAUCAGAGAUCCCACAAACGCUGGGCUGAUAUAUGACUACCUUCAAAAAAUUCUGAAAUUUAAGAUUGAGCAGGGUGCCGUUGAGGAAUGGAUAGUGCAAGAAUUGGAGAAUUCCAAGGCCUUCAAUCCGGAUUUAAGGUUCUAUAGGUACUCCAAAGGCCAGUACUUUGGCAGACACUAUGAUGAGUCUGUCAAGGUUGGAAAUCAAAUAUCAAAGUGGACAGUUUUAGUCUAUCUAAGCGACAAGGGUUUGAAAGGAGGCGAGACAAUAUUCUAUAAUGAGCAAGGAGAUAGGAGCGAAAGACAGAUAAGCAUAAAGCCCCAACAAGGUAUGGCAUUAUUCCACAAACAUGGAGACGAUUGUUUACUCCAUGAAGCUGCUACAGUACGAGAUGGUAAAAAAUGGGUUUUUAGAACGGAUGUCAUGUACAAUAUAUACAAAUAA